AGGGACACAGGCAGCCCUGCAACCAUGGAGGACUCUGGCCUGCCAUCCCCAUCGGAGGCCCCCCUGCAGACCCCUCGUGCCCCGCUGUCCCUCUCCUUUCCUGCCCUGAGGGAGGGCAGUCGGGUGUGGGAAAGGGGCCCCCCGCAGCACAAGGAACUUCCCAGUCCCCUGCCGACCAAACGCACGCGCACCUACUCAGCGACGGUGCGGGCCACCCGGGGGCCUCGUUACAAGGGAAUCUGCAAGAACUUCUCCAGGUCACAAGGCCAUGGCUUUAUCAGCCCUGCGCAAGGAGGAGAGGACAUCUUUGUCCACAUAUCAGACAUUGAGGGAGAAUAUGUUCCUGUUGAGGGGGACGAGGUGACGUACAAGGUUUGUCCCAUACCACCCAAGAACCAGAAGAUGCAGGCAGUGGAGGUGGUCAUCACUCAUCUUAACCCAGGGACAAAGCACGAAACCUGGUCUGGACAGAUUAUUAGCUCCUAGGAUUUAGUCCCAGCCUUGUGCUGCUGCUGUACUUGGGGGAAAGAAGUCAACAAGGGGAGGGGGUGAAAAUAAAACAGACCUAUAGAGUAGAAACAGACAUUUUACUGUGAAAUUUAAAAAAAAUUCCCUUUGAAUUCUUGAAAAAAAGUGGUCAUCACCAGUUUUUCAAUGCUGGUUUGUAUUUAUUUUGUACGUUUCACUUAUCAAGUGUGAAUACUGUCUUUUUGUUGAGUUUGUGUCAGUAGUCUGUAUAAACGUGGUUGUGGUGGAAAACGAUGGCCUACGGGCCCCAAGGCUCCUGUCAUAAGUAUUGCAUGAUUGACUACAAUUGUAAUGUUUUGAGUUCCAGCGCUGAUGUAGUAAUUUCUAAUUUUUAAUGUUGAAUAAUACUUUCAUGCUGUAUAAAAUGAAAUCAUCGGUAUUCAGAAACUGCUAAAAUGCUCCUCAUCUCCAUAUCACAACCAUUGUCAACAACUGCUUGUCCCAAGCGGGGUUGCGGUGAACCGGAGCCUCACUCGGCAACACAGGGCGCAAGGCUGAAGGGGACACACC